AUGGCAGGCAAACAAUACAGCAUCCUCUCCGACAAACUGGGCAAGAGCAAGGUCUCCGAGCCCAAGGCAGGAGAGCUGAAAUACUUCACUGCCCAGUCGGCGGCUCUGGUCCCCGCCGCUCAAGUGCUCCCGGAGAACGCCCAAGACAUCUCGACCGUCCUCCAGAUUGCCCGGGACCACCAGAUCCCUUUCGCCGUGAAGGCAGGCGGCCACGGAGUCUAUGCCGGCGCGUCGAGCAUCCACGGCGGCAUCCUGAUUGACCUGAGCCGCAUCAACUCGGUCGAGGUCGCCCCUGACCGCAAGUCCGUGUUCAUCGGCGCCGGGGCCAAGUGGGGCGACGUCUACGGCAAGCUCGAUCCCCUGGGCAUCAGCGUCCCGGGAGGGCGUAUCUCGACGGUCGGUGUGGGCGGGCUGACUCUUGGAGGGGGGAUAUCCUUUGCAGCCAGCCGGUACGGUCUUGCAUGCGACAAUGUCAAAAGCUACGAGGUCGUCCUCGCAGACGGGAAGAUUGAAACCGUCACCCGGGCAAGCCAUCCAGACCUCUUCUGGGCAAUGCGCGGCGCGGGUACAAAUUUCGGGAUCGUGACGACGUUCGAGUUCGUGGCGUUCCAGCAGAGUCAGAUCUGGGGCGGUGUCAAGCAAUAUCUCGAAGACGGCGAGGCGUCGGCCAUCGGGCUGCUGGAGAAGUUCUGCAUGGACCAGAACCCGGACUCGUCGUCCGCCGAUGUCUACGCCGAGGCAUUCAUCAUCACGGCCUACGUUGCGCCCAUGGGCAAGUUCAUCACCACGGCGGUGCUGUCGCACGGGAAACCCCAGGACGAUCCGCCCGUAUUCGACGGGUUCAAGGCGUUGCCGUCGAUCGCGUCCUCGACCAAAAUCCGCACCAUCGCGGACCUGUCCAAGACGCUGGCGUUGGCGGUCAAAAGCGAUGUUGCCGUCCUCAGCGACGCCAUGGCGAUUUACAAGGACGUCAUCACCCCGCACAAAGACACGGUCAAGAAUUUUGUGCCGGCGAUCCUGUUCCAGCCGGUACUUCCGCGCAUGAUCCCGGUGGAUGAGAAUGAGAACACACUGGGUAUCAGCAGACAAGACGGCCCUCUAUUCGUCAUCGCCCUGCUCUGGUCCUGGACGGAGCCGUCGGACGACGACUUGAUCGAGAAUCUCGCGCGGGUAUUCGCGCAACGCCUGGUCGGGACGGCGAAGGCCCAGGACAAGUUCCACCGGUACAUCUACCUCAACUACGCCGCGGGCGACCAGGACGUGUUUGCGGGGUACGGCGAGCAGAACCUGGCGAAGUUGGUCAAGGUGAGCAAGCAGUACGAUGCAGAGGGGGUGUUCACCAAGCUGAGGCCGGGGUACAUCAACGUGGCGAGGAGGGGGUAA